CGUCACACGAUAACAAUCAAACCCUAGCUCUCCAAUCCCAGUCAUCCCUCUGUAGAAAAAUGUCCUCCCCCGGCGUAAAAAGAAGCCCCGCCCGCUACGCCGUGUGGAUACCGGACGAAUUGACGACGGGAAUCCUGUGGAUGCUGCCGAACGCCGCCUCCCUCGCCCGAUUCCGUUGCGUCAGCAGAUCGUGGCGCCGCAUCCUCUCCGAAUACAUCACCAGGAUCCUCUUCUCCGACGACCAGGCCGCCCGCCGGAUCACGGUCGCCCGCUGCUCCGAUCCGGAGUCGUGGCGCCGCCUCCUCUGUGAAUUCGUCGGGAAAACCCUCUUCUGCGACGACCAGGCGGCCCACGUCAUGAUCGCUCGCAACAAAGGGAAGUUCGCCACCACGACGUCGUUUUCCAUCCACUCCAACGACGACGAUCUCCAUCACGUGUCCUCGGGGACGCUGACCGCUUCGGGCCUGAUCCUCGGAGGACCCGCCGUCAUCGCGGGCAGUUCCAGAGGCAUCUUCUGCCUCUGGAACUGCGCCCCCGGAACCCUGACGGACAAAAGGAUCAUCCUGUGGAAUCCGACGACGUCUGAGACUAAGGUACUGCCUUCCCUCGCCCCUGUCCACCCUAGCCGGGUCCAUGGCCGGCUAGGUGAAUGUCUCGGGCCGGUCGGGUUUGGUUUCGACCCGAUAACCAAUGACUAUAAAGUACUUGUCAGGUUCACCACCCUGAAGCCAACCCAACGCGGGGGAUAUGAUUUAGAGUCCGAACAAUCGGAGAAAAUGUUCGUGUACAGCGUGAAGGGAAAUUCGUACAAACGCCUCCACGGUGCACCCGUAGAGGUAUUUCGCGGUCAAAGGGUACUCGAGUACCCUCUGACCGCUACGUCAUCUAGAAGCGAAAAAUGUCACUGGUUGUCGCCUUGGUGCACCAACGAGCAUUACUACCGAUUCACCCGCUUCGACGUGAGCACCGAGGCGUUCACGACGCUGCAGGUGCCAGUACCGUCCCAGCAGGUGCUCUGCUUGACAUGGCACAAUGUCAGAGACUCGUUCCACGUGGCGAAAGACGGGUCGUGCCUGGUCGCGGUUUUUUCUUCUUCUUCGGGAAACGAGCACGGAGUUUUCCUCGAGGUUUGGGCGGAGCUUGACUAUGCAACGCUUUGGAGGCCACACGAGUGCUCAUGGACCAUGCUGUACAGUGUCUCGAGCCUUCUUCCUCCUCCUCCUCGGGCCUUUGCGACCAGGUUGCACGUCCCCCGGCUGUGGAAGGACGGCAAGCUCUUUGCCCGGUUCGUGAUGGGAGACGACGAGCUGCGCGUGGUGGAUCUGGAGAAGGAGAGCUGGAUGGUUUUGGAUUCGAUGGAGGUUAAGUUGUUAGGGAAAGAGGAUUAUUUGGAGCUUGUAACGUAUUUUCCAUCCUUGGUGUCGUUGUCUGGCUCUAGGAAGAGACAAAGAUGUCGUCUGGUCUGUUAGAAAGCGUAUGAUAUUUGACAUAUGUGUACGAUGAUCACUCCAACAUGAAGAUGAUUCUUGAGAAGGUGGAUCGCAUUGAGGUUUGUAUCACUGAUAUUUUUGGGUGUUGGCUUUUGUACUUCGAUAUAUUCUUGUUCAUGUACAGUAGUAAGACUAGCUAGUGUAGAGUGUCAUUUGGGUGUUUUGUUGCAGGAAGUGAAGAAAGGUUCCUACUGAUUAUUAGGUAAUGGUAUUUCUAGCCCCCCCCCCCCCCCCCCUAAUCUUUCUUAUCGAUGAAUGAUGAACAUAUUCAUGUAUUUUGAUGUGUAAGGAAUUAUUUAGGGUUCGUUGGAUGGGUUAUUGAUUGUGUUGCGGUACAUUCAUGCACAAAUAAUGACCUACUGAGUCAUUUGGAUGUAUUGAUUAUCAAUAUGGUGUUUGUAUAGUUUCAUGUGAAGAUGAAAAUGGUAAUGAUCAAGGUUCAGGCGGCCUCCAUGGAUUAUACGAUCGGUAUCGGUAUGUGUAUUAGCUGGUGAAAAUCAUAGGUGAAUUGACUAAGAAUGGGGCAACUUAUAAAAUUGAGGAGAUUUC